AUGUCAUCAUCCUACCCCCGCCCGGACUUCCAACGCACCCCUCUAAACUGGAACACCCUCGACGGAGCCUGGACCUUCACCUUCGACGACAAAGACGAAGGCCUAAACUCCCAAUGGCAGAAAACCAGCCUGGAUACAAAAGACUCUCGCCAGAUAACCGUUCCCUACGCAUUCCAGACCCCAGCAUCGGACAUCAACCUCAUUGAAGCGCACGAGGUACUGUGGUACGAGCGCCGCAUCACAGACGUCCGCACGCCCGACGAAAAGCAAAAGGGGAAUAGACUCCUCCUCCGCUUCGGCGCCGUCGACUAUGAGUGCUCUGUCUGGGUAGACGGGGUCCUUGUCGGCGGACACCGUGGCGGCCAUGUUCCAUUCGAUAUAGAUAUCUCUGAUGCUCUGGAAAGCGCGGAAGCUCGUCUCACUCUCCGUGUUAGGGACUCGCCGUACGACAUGACCCAGCCACGUGGUAAGCAGUACUGGAAGCCUGUUCCGGAGAGUAUCUUCUAUACACCUAGUGGGGGGAUCUGGCUCUCUGUUUGGUUAGAGAGUGUUCCUGCCAUGCGGUUGCUAUGUGGUAGUGGAGGCACGGUGCUUCGGUCUGAUGAUAUCGAGGCUGGGCUUUUGCAUGCGACGGUUGCUGUUGCGGGACGGCGGGUUGGAAGUGUGGCGAAGGUUGAGGUUGAGGCGUCGCUUGGGGGAGUGAGUGUUGGGAAGAUUGAUGGGGAGCUUCCGCGAGAUAAGAAUUUCGUUACGCUUGAUUUGGGUAUGAAGGUGUCUGAGGCGGUGGUAGGGGAGAUGAAGGGUAAGAAUCCGGAGUUGUUUAGCGUUGAUGGGGUCUGGAGUGGUGGUGUUGCGCUCUGGGCUCCGGAGCAUCCUGCUCUGUAUGAUAUUACGCUUCGGCUGUUCAAUGAGGCCGGUGGUCUUGUUGAUGAAGUCCAGACUACAACUGGCAUGCGCAGUCUGUCCUGGCAAACCGGCGAUGGAACAUUCCGGCUUAACGGAAAGCCGUACUUCCAGAUGCUGUUCUUGGACCAAGGAUAUUGGCCCGAGACUGGUAUGACACCUCCUUCUUCAGAAGCUUUGAAGACGGAUAUCGAGCUGGCGCAGAAGCUUGGUUUCAACGGAUGCCGCAAACACCAGAAAGUCGAAGACCCACGCUUCUACUACUGGGCAGAUCGGAUGGGCUUCCUUGUCUGGGGUGAAAUGGCAAAUGCCUAUGAAUUCGGGACAGAAUAUAUUGAGCGCUUUACUGGCGAGUGGACCGAAGCCGUCAAGAGAGAUAUCAAUCACCCAUCGAUUGUCACCUGGACGCCGCUCAAUGAGUCGUGGGGUGUGUCUGCGUUGAAGGACAAUAUCGAGCAACGCAAUCAUGUUCGCGCUCUAUAUUACUUGACCAAGAAUCUCGAUCCCAGCAGACCUAUCAACGACAAUUGCGGCUGGGAACACGUCAAAACGGAUCUAACAACUUUCCACGACUAUAGUGACUCGACUGAGCUGGGUGCAGCAUGUUCCAGCAUGCCAGGAAUUCUAGACCCAAAGGGUGGGCACGAUAUCUUUACCAAACCGAUCUACUCAGGGUUCUCUGGCUCCGUGAUGCUAGACGAAGGCGCACAGCAUGUGCCUGGUGCGCCGGUGAUCUGCAGUGAAUUUGGCGGCGUCAAUAUUACGCCACCUAAGGACUCUGCUGCUGGAGAGCGGGACUGGGGAUACACGACUGCGAGUGACCCGGCUGACUUCUUGGUGCGGUUUGAGAAGCUGGUCAUGGCUGUCGUUAGGCCGGGACAUAUCUGCGGACUUGUCUGGACUCAGUUGUGCGAUAUUGAGCAGGAAGUAAAUGGUCUGUACACCUAUGAUCGCAAAGAGAAGGUUCCCGCAGAGAAAGUGAAGGCGAUCAUGGAUACUGCGAGGGAUCAUUACUACCAGCAUCUCACGGCUCAUCAUUCGAAGGGAUUUAAGAAGCUAUUCAAUCAGUAUAAGCAUGUUGUGCACCGUUAG